AUGUCUGCUCCCCUCCCCGCCAGUGCAACAAGUCCUGCCAACGCCCCCCUCCAAGCCGACGCAACCGCCGCGCACCCCCCCGCACACCAGCCCGACCCUACCCUCGAGUCCAACGACCAUGGCUCCUCCCAAGGCCGGCUCACCACCACCGGUCCCUCCGCCACCGCCGAACUCGCCAGUCUUAAAGCCAAGCUGAGGGCGUCGCUCCGCCUGUUCAAUGAUUUUCCCAAGCCCGGCGUCCUCUUCGAAGACAUCAUGCCCCUGUUUGCGAGCCCGGCGCUACACGAGGACCUGCUGCGCGGCCUGGAACUUGCCGUCGAGACGCAAUUCGGCGCCCCCGGCAAGCCUGACGUGGUGGUUGGACUGGAUGCGCGUGGUUUUCUGUUUGGUCCCAGUCUAGCCUUGAGAAUGGGCGCCAGUUUUGUGCCGGUGCGCAAGAAGGGAAAGUUGCCCGGCCCGUGCGAGACUGCAGAGUACGAGAAGGAAUACGGCAGCGAUUUCUUCCAGAUGCAGGCCGAUGCGGUCAAGAGCGGCCAGAACGUGCUGAUUGUUGACGACAUCAUUGCCACUGGCGGCUCUGCAUGUGCUGCGGGAACACUGGUCAAGAAGCUCGGUGGAAACGUCAUUGGCUAUCUUUUCAUUGACGAAGUCCCCUUUUUGAAGGGCCGCGAUAAGCUCGACGCGCCGGUGCACACGCUAUUGUUCGCACCCCAAGAAUAG